AUGAUGUUGCCUACACCAGACACCUCGCAUGUUCCCUACGAGCGGGUCUACGAGCCCGCCGAAGACUCGUUCCUCCUCCUCGACACGCUCUCCUCCCCGACAGAGUGCGCCUUUCUCACCAACCGCUUCGCCCAUCCCGCGCCGCUCAUCGUCGAGAUUGGCACCGGCUCCGGCGUCGUCCUCGGCUUCGUCCACGCCCAGAGCCAGACCAUCUUUGGCAGGCCCGAGAUCCUCACCGCGGGCGUCGACAUGAACGCCUACGCGUGCCGCGCCACCGUCGCCACGGUGCGCAAGGCCGCCGCCGACGAGCGGGCCGCCACCUCGAACCGCAGCGGCACGUAUCUCGGCUCCAGCAUGGCCGACCUGACCUCGUGCUUCCGCCGGGGCGCCGUCGACGUCCUCAUCUUCAACCCGCCGUAUGUGCCCACGUCGGAGAUGCCCGAGCGGCCCGACGCGUUCUCGCCAGAGGUGCCGCGGCCGGCGGCCGCGGACCCGUCAUUUGACGACGACUCGUACCUGCUGGCCCUCUCCUACGCCGGCGGCGCCGACGGCAUGGAGACGACGGACAGGCUGCUUCCGGAUCUGGGGAGGAUUCUGUCGACACGUGGCUGCGCAUAUGUAUUGCUGUGUGCGCAGAACAAGCCGGACCUGGUGAAGAGCAGGGUACCAGAGCAGCUCGGUGAAGGCUGGAAGGCUGAGACAGUAGGGUCGAGCGGCAAAACGGCGGGUUGGGAAAAGCUUCAAGUUGUGAGGAUAUGGAAUGAUGCGAUCGAGUAA